CAUUUUUUUAAGUUAAUUCGAAAUUUAGAAAUAUUUAUUUUUCGUUAUUUUACAGAAUUUCGAUGAGCAUAAUAAUGAAGAUUUUGAUUAUUCUCCGGAACAAUUCACGGAAACAGUGGACGACAUCUACAUUCACAGACCGUUAAAAUGGGCUUUUAUAAAUUUAGAAAGAUUUUCUCUUGUAAGUGAAAUCAUUUAUGAAGAAGACGAGUUUGAAUACGAAAAUGCUUCAUCAGAAGACGAUGAUUCCAUCCACACAGAUAGCGAAUUAAGAAACAGUGAACAUUCUGAUGAUGUCGUCGACUCCAUUAACGAAAUUCAACAAAUGAAUGUUGAAAGUGAAGUGUCAUCAAUAUCUUCCACGAAAGAUGACGUUGAGGAAGAAAACUUUGUUAAUAAUAUGAAUACGACAUCACUACAAGUCAUUCAAUCCACUAAAAGUGAAGAAUCUGAGAAAGUGUAUGAUGAUAAACAGAAACAAAAGCAGGAGUUUCAAGAUGUAACUGAAUGCGAAGAUAGCAAAAAUGAGGAUGAUAGAUCUUUAUCCGACACGGAAACGAUCGAAGAAUACGAAAGAAAAAAAACUACAAACUGCAUGGACAUUUUUUGGUAUUUUCUUCGCAAGUUUCCAUCUGUGGUGUGUCCAUGUUUGAAAAGAAGAAAGUAGAGUGGUCCAUAUUUAAUAAGGAGAAACUUCAGAGAAUGCCAAUUUUCUUCUUCUUUAUUAUCUUUUCUCCUUGAAUAUUCGAAAAAUUUCUGUUUAUGAAGUAAAUCUGUUAGAAGAAAUUUGUUGAAUCAGUUACGCCGUUAAAUAAGAAUUUAUUAGAAAGUUGCUUGGUGCAUUGAAAAAAAAGAAAUCAUUUGAAAAACCACCGACGAAAUCGUGUUUAUAAAACAUAUUUUAUCUUUCCAACAAAAUUUCGUCACGGGAAAAUUCUAAAGUUUAUGUAAAUCUGGACGCAAUCUGCAAUUUAUUUUGGCAACGAUCGAAUGCUUUUAAAAUUUUGUCGGUAGAUUUUCUAUAGAUUUAUAUCGAUUGUUAUAACCAUAAAAGCGUAACCGGUGCUUGGCUUAUUCUUUGAAAUCUCUUGACAACUUUGUUGCAUUUAUUCUAAAACAAUGGAGUUGAUCUGUGUGUUGUUUCAAUUUAAGAAAAUUAAUUUAAAAAAUGUUUAAAACUGUGAUGUUUUGUGUAAAAGAGUCUUUGUGCUUUAAUUAUUUAGGCCUAUUUGUUAAAUUUAUUGAACGUAUUAAAGCACAAAUCGUCAGUAUUCAUGUUUUAUUCUUUCUAAUCAAUAAAAUUUAUAUGUCUUCAUGCUGUGUGUCGUUAAAUUUGUCAAAGACAAUAUUUGGUUAUUUUACAUUUACACCACAAAUAUAUAAAAGUGUUAAAGUAAAAUGAAGGAGGCAAGAAAGCUUUUUGGUAGGAGAGAAUUGAGAUGUAAUAGUUUCGUUUAUCCAGCUGUAUAAAGCAUACAACAUAUAACUGUUUAAAAUAUUUGAUAAUACCUUAGUGUAACAAGCCAGAAAUUAAAUAACACAUCGAAAAUAUUAUUAAGAACGUCAGUUAGAAAGGAAAAUAUACGACAUCAAUAGGAGACCGUUAACUGGGCGACAAAAUAAAAAUUUUUUAUUGUUUCCUCCAUUAAAAUCACCAUUAUUUUCUAUUAAUUCAAGAAAAAUUUAAUAUGUACAGUAUUAAAAAAACGAAUUGAACGAAUUAAAAGAACGAUUUUGUAUUAACAAACAUUUAUG